AUGGCACGCAAGCCAACAAAGACGCUUGACGAGAACGAAGCGGCGGUCCCAAACAUUGGGGAUCGCAAAGGAAGCAAGGACCUGCUCGAGUAUCUCGAAGAGCUGCUACUAAAAGCAAAUAUUUUGAACCGGAUACUGAGAACGAAUCUGAGGGCGAGGGAAGCCCCUGAAGAUGAAUCAUCCAGUGCUGUAGUGGAAUCCGAGGAUGACUCUGAUGUCUCCUCAGAAGCAUUGUCUGAAGAAGAACAGCGCCCGCAGAAGCGAAGAGCACUCGCAUCUUCAAAAGCAACCGAAUCUGCUCCAGUUUCAGUUGAAAAGGGAAAAGAACUUUGGCGUCAAGGUGUCAGCACUGGGCUUGCACCUGGAACUCAGGUCAUCAUCAAGAAGCCAAAGCCUAGAACUCCAGGAAACACCCCCUACUCCGAUACCACGAUACAUCCUAACACUAUGCUGUUCCUCAAGGACCUCAAAGCGAACAAUGACCGAGAAUGGCUCAAAAUGCAUGACGCCGAUUACCGCUCAAGUCUCAAGGACUGGAACACUUUCGUGGAGUCCCUGACCGAAGAACUUACCAAGAUUGACGACACUAUCCCAGAACUGCCACUGAAGGAUGUGGUUAGUGGAGGCUACUGGUCUCCAGAUGCGCGAGCUCUGGCAGCUCUUCGCACCACCAUCGACGAAAACCCGCAGCGGCUGAAGGAUGUCUUGAUGAACGACAAGAUGCGAGCUGAGUUCCUCUCAGGCAGUUCGACAAAGGCGGCUGUGAAGUCUUUCGUCAAGACGAAUGCAGAAACCGCGCUGAAGACUAAGCCAAAGGGCUACGAUGCUGGUCAUCAGGACAUCGAUCUUCUACGCCUCAGACGCUUCACGGUCGGCACCAAAUUGACUGACGCUGAGGUCCUUGACGCGCAAGUCCUGCGCCGAAUUGCGGAUCUGUUCUCGGCGUUGCACCCGUUUAUCGCUUGUUUGAACCGUAUCGUCCUCCCGGACCCCGACGAUGAAGACGACGAGGACGAGGACGAGGAUGAUCAGGAUGAAGACGAUGAAGAAGCCUCGGGCGAGGACGAAGAGUCCGGAGAAGAGGCCUCCGAUGCUUAG